CUAUGCUCUGGUGAUUCAGGAAACAGACUGAAUGUAAUGUGUCCGUGAACAGUCACACACAUUUUUCAGCGACGAGCAGCGGACACAUUUUCAAACCUUGGGACUGAUAUUGAGAAGAGGGAGAUGGCUGGCGGCCGCGGGCACGAAGAGCUGUUUGACAGUAUUUUCCUCGCGGAUGAAAGGUUCCGAGGGGAGGGCUACAAGGAGGGAUUUGAAAGAGGAAAAUGCAGAGGAUUACAGGAGGGCCACAGACAUGGGGCCUCUCAUGGGGCCAAGUUGUCAACUGAGAUGUCCUUCUAUUAUGGGUUUGCCAUCACAUGGAAGUGCCUUCUCCAAAAUAAAACGGAAAUCAAAUCAAGAAAGCGUAUAAAAACUCUGGAGGCUCUCUUGGGUUUAAUCCAAAACUCUUCUCACAAUGAUCCACAGUCUGCAACACUACAGGAGGAAAUGGAGAAGCUUCGGGCCAAGUUCAGACAGGUCUGCUCUAUGUUGAAUGUCCCAACUGACUUCAAGGAUCACAUCAAAACCUCCCAGGGGACUUCUUUCUGAAUCACUUUGAUCGUGAUGAUGAGGAGGAGGAGCUGAGAGGACACCUGCAAUCCGGACAGGGGAGGAUCAGGAUGAGCAGCAGUCCUGCUGUUCGUCUCACAGGAGACAGCAGCAGGUGACUGGUCUGUGGUAGAUUUAUUGUGUAAAGCAGUGACAGCCAGGGAUUGGUCUCUGCUCUCAGGUUCUGGUGACAUUUACUCGAUCAGUAAGAGGAGAUGACUGUUUUUAUCUGUAGGGGGAAUCUUUGUGUGUAAGACUGGAUUAAUUGCAGUGGCUCAGUGUGUUACAGGACCUGAAUUGAGAACCUGUAAAUGUAAUAAACCGACUGCAAGACA